UUGGCUAACAUUGAUUUCUUUUUCAGUGGACUGAUUGGUCGCAGCUGGGCUAUGGUGUUUGCUGCCGCAGGCUUCAAAGUGAAACUCUAUGAUAUUGUGCAACAGCAGAUAAAAAGUGCACUGGAGAACAUUCGCAAACAAAUGAAGGAGCUGGAGGAGUCGGGAUUCCUGAAGGGAGCCUUGAGUGCGGAGCAGCAGCUGGCUCUCAUCAGCGGCUGUACAGACCUGAGGGAAGCAGUAGAGGGUGCUACUUUCAUUCAGGAAUGCACUCCAGAGAACCUAGACCUGAAAAAGAAGAUUUUUGGUCAGUUAGAUCUUAUUGUUGAUGACAACGUUAUCCUGAGCAGCUCAACCUCUUGUCUCUUACCCACCAAGCUGUUCACUGGCCUUCAACACGUUAAGCAGUGUAUCGUGUCACAUCCUGUAAAUCCACCUUAUUUUGUGCCGUUGGUUGAAAUUGUUCCACAUCCAGAAACAGAUCCUUCAACUAUAGAGAGAACCUAUGCCCUGAUGAAGAAGAUCGGUCAGUCUCCUGUCAAAUUAAACAAAGAAAUUGAGGGGUUUGUUCUGAAUCGGCUGCAAUAUGCAGUGAUAAGUGAAGCCUGGAGACUCGUGGGUGAAGGAGUAGUAUCUCCUACUGAUCUAGACCUUGUGAUGUCUGAUGGAUUGGGAAUGAGAUACGCAUUUAUUGGACCUCUGGAAACCAUGCAUCUUAAUGCAGAAGGUAUUUCAAAUUACUGUGAAAGGUACCGUGACGGCAUGAAACUGGUUCUGAACACUUUCGGACCGGUACCGGAAUAUUCAGGUGAAGUGGAGCAGAAAGUCAACCAGGCAAUGUCAGAAAAAAUCCCAGUGGUUCCAAAACACCUGGAUAGCAGGAGGGAAUGGAGAGAUGAAUGUCUUGCUCGUCUUGCCAAAUUGAAAAUACAAAUGAAAUCUGACUGAGGUGCCCCUUGUCUACCAGGAAAGACCAAACGAAGAGCAAACCUUYGUAAGAAGCAGGGAUUUUUGGUCAGGCAGAAGAGGUGCAGGCAAUGAUAAGCACAAAUGUGGAGACCAAUGAAACAUUUGGUCCAAAUUUGUCAUGAUGUAAUUCAUGAAUAACUGGAAAAAUUAUUUAAAAGUUCAGUUAAAAUUUUAUCAAAUUAUUAUAUACAUGUGUUAUAUAUGUGAGCAUUUAGUAGCUUUAGCUAUGCUGAUAAUGUGCAAUAUUGGAACUCAAUCAUGUUUUAAAUAAGGUGUUUUAAAAUUUGUUCAGAAAUUCAGAGCUUGAACACUAUUUGCUUAUGCAGGGAUCUGAUAGGCAAACAUCAGCUGGAAGAAAAAAGCCCUCAGCAGCCAAACAAUGUGGCAGUGGGGUUAAUUUGUAACGUAUUGGCCGUAGAUAGGAGGAGAUUGCGUUGAACAAAGAGCAGAUUCACUGACCAUUCUCCCAGUUAAGUGAGAGCUCUGCAGCAAUAAGGGUCACUUCAACUUUGCUCUGUAACUAUUUCACAAUGUAGAGGAAAGAAUUCCUUUCCUUCCCUAUGGCACUUAUGUACCUAUGUGAUGAGUUAAAUGUGAGUGAAUAGAACAGAGCAGACUUCCUUAUCGCCUACCCCUGACUCUGCAAAACUCAUCACAGACCUACUCAGCUUUUCAGACAUGCACUUGAUACCCCAUGACUUAAUCUCGACUUAAGUCAGAUGUUUGAUGCCAUUGAUAGGCAUCGCUGUGUAACUGUGUGUCCCAUUCUAGAAGUUUUCUAUGACAAAUAAGAUGUUUUGGUGUAUCAGCUUGGGAGACACCUUCCAAGCUACAUGACAAGCUCCUGAGUGAUCCUGGGAAGCUAAUUCCCUGCUCUGUUGCCUUGUCUGUUUUGUACCUUAUCUGGAUCAAGGGCUGUGUCUGCAGGACUCAACUGCAAGGAAUUAAACAACUGUGGCUGAAGGGUUCCUUUUAACCACCUCUUUGCUUCCCUAUGCAGGGAAAUGUCCAGCAUUUAGACUUUACUGCUGCCCCUUUCUACAUGAGGCACAACUCUGUAGAAGUACAGAGUUUCUACAUGGUAAUAGCGGUGUCUCUUGUUGCUGCAGUGGCAUCAGGCUACAGCAGACCAAGUUUUGCUAUGAGUKUACGUACUAUAUAACGUAGUUGAACCUUGACUUAAGCUAGAACCUUUGAGCACUGUUGUAAUACAAACAAUAACUUGGCAACACAACACUGCAUCCCCAUCACCUGAGUUAACCAUACUUGAAUUUGUACUAGCUGGUCAAGUAUCUUCACGCACGGCACAGAUUCAGAAUUGUUAAACUGACUUCUUAAUGUCUAGCUCAGGAAUUUUAACUCUUGUUCUUGACGGAGACUGCGGGUGCAUAAACAAGUUACUGCCCAUUAAUUAGUUACCAAGCUGUGAGCUGAGCUGCAGAUAAACUGUGUGGCCUGAUGUAGAUGUUGGGACAAAAACAUAGCAUCUCCGUAUGUAAAACGUGG